AUGUUACCACUUCAGCCAUGUUACCACCUCAGCCAUGUUACCACCUCAGCCAUGCUCCCACCCCAGCCAUGUUACCACCUCAGCCAUGUUACCACCUCAGCCAUGUUCCCACCCCAGCCAUGUUACCACCUCAGCCAUGUUACCACCUCAGCCAUGUUCCCACCCCAGCCAUGUUCCCAUGAUCCCACCCAGCCAUGUUCCCAUGAUCCCACCCCAGCCAUGUUCCCAUGUUCCCACCCAGCCAUGUUACCACCUCAGCCAUGUUACCACCCCAGCCAUGUUCCCACGUUCCCACCCCAACCAUGUUACCACCCCAGCCAUGUUCCCACGUUCCCACCCCAGCCAUGUUACACCCCAGCCAUGUUACCAUGUUCCCACCUCAGCCAUGUUACACCCCAGCCAUGUUACCAUGUUCCCACCUCAGCCAUGUUACCACCCCAGCCAUGUUCCCACCCCAGCCAUGUUACCACCCCAGCCAUGUUACACCCCAGCCAUGUUACCAUGUUCCCACCCCAGCCAUGUUCCCACCCCAGCCAUGUUACCACCCCAGCCAUGUUACCACCCCAGCCAUGUUACACCCCAGCCAUGUUCCCACGUUCCCACCCCAGCCAUGUUCCCACCCCAACCAUGUUACCACCCCAGCCAUGUUCCCACGUUCCCACCCCAGCCAUGUUACACCCCAGCCAUGUUACCAUGUUCCCACCUCAGCCAUGUUACACCCCAGCCAUGUUACCAUGUUCCCACCUCAGCCAUGUUCCCACCUCAGCCAUGUUCCCACCCCAGCCAUGUUCCCACCCCAGCCAUGUUACCACCCCAGCCAUGUUACACCCCAGCCAUGUUACCAUGUUCCCACCUCAGCCAUGUUACCACCCCAGCCAUGUUACCACCCUAGCCAUGCUCUCACGUUCCCACCCCAGCCAUGUUACCACCCCAGCCAUGUUCCCACCCCAGCCAUGUUCCCACAUUCCCACUCUCGCCAUGUUACCACCUCAGCCAUGUUACCACCCCAGCCAUGUUACCACCCUAGCCAUGCUCUCACGUUCCCACCCCAGCCAUGUUACACCCCAGCCAUGUUCCCACCCCAGCCAUGUUCCCACCCCAGCCACGUUCCCACCCCAGCCAUGUUCCCACCUCAGCCAUGUUCCCACCCCAGCCAUGUUACCAUCCCAGCCAUGUUCCCACCCCAGCCAUGUUCCCACCUCAGCCAUGUUCCCACCUCAGCCAUGUUCCCACCUCAGCCAUGUUCCCACCUCAGCCAUGUUCCCGCCUCAGCCAUGUUCCCACCCCAGCCAUGUUCCCACCUCAGCCAUGUUCCCGCCUCAGCCAUGUUCCCACCUCAGCCAUGUUCCCACCUCAGCCAUGUUCCCACACUCCCCCUCUAACUAG